UAGAGGGCGGUAGACUCCGUGAUAAAUCCUGCAGUCGUGCUGCACAGACCGGGGAAACUUCUCACACUGCCACAGAAAACUCAAAAUAAGAGUCAUUUUGGAGGUUUUUGCACGAGCAGAUUUUAUCGUGUUAGGUGAGUUUCUGCACAUGCACCAGAUGUUGACAAGCGUGUUUUCAGCGCACAUCUGUCCUCCCGGGAGAGGAGAGGAGAGGAGAGGAGAGGAGGGAGGCUGACAGAGGAACAAUUAGUUUUACAGCCUUAAUUUGCGCCCUCCAUUUAGAGCCGACGUUAACAGCACAAUGUGGGCGUGUUCUCGGCCCCCUUCUUUAACUUUUGCGCCGCCUGUCCUCCCGGAGCUGUGCGCACUUUGCGGAGCUGCCACUUGCUGCAGAGUGGAUGCAGAGUUCAGCUCCGGCUUCGCCCCGUGGUCCCUCCACCAGCACCGGCAGCUCAGAGGCCAGAGGAUGGAUCUCUGUCACUUCGCUCUCCUCUGCGGGGCUCUGGUGUCUCUCUUGGAAGUCCCCUCGUCUCACACUCUUGCCAUUUUCCCUCCGGCUGCGCCGAAGAGCAGCAAGGUGACGGGGAUCUUCGACGGGCAGGAAGCCUCCAAGUAUUUCAAGGAGUUUUACGCGCCGCCAUCCGUCGACAGGAACAGCAAAGCGGCGAAUAAAGAGUCUGUAGAGCCUCAUGACUACAUGCUGUCCAUCUACAAGACCUUCUCCACGGCGGAGCGGCUGGGACUCAACGCCAGCUUCUUCCGCUCCUCAAAAGCUGCAAACACCAUUGCAAGUUUUGUGGAUGUUGGACAAGAUGACCUCCCACUCUCCCCUCUGAGGAGACAGCAGUAUCUGUUCGACGUCUCAACCCUCUCCCAGAAAGCGGAGGUGCUGGGGGCCGAGCUCAGGAUUUACACCAAAGUGUCUGGGAAUUUCAGGAUAUCGGAAACAGAGCCCGUCGACAUCCAGCUCCUCUCGUGCCACGACCGGCAGCUGCUCGACUCCAAGACACUGGACCUGCAGGACUCCCAGAGGCCGAAGUGGGAGGUGUUGGACGUGUGGGAAAUAUUCAAAGAGCAGCAGCAGCAGCACCAGGGGAAGCACUUCUGCCUGGAGCUCAGGGCCAUGCUGGACAACCCAGAGAGGGAGCUGGACCUGCACCUGCUGGGCCUGCACCGGCACGGCAGGCCUCAGCAGAAGAAGGCCAUCUUAGUGGUGUUCACCAGGUCGAAGAAGAGGCAGACGCUCUUCAGCGAGAGGAGAGAUGGGAAGGCGCUGCUGGGGCUGGAGAGGAAGGCCAAGGAGAGGGGCCCCGGCGCCAAAGCCAGCAGGAGAAGGAGGACGGCGGCGUCCAAGACUCGCCACGGGAAGAGACACGGCAAGAAGUCCAAGUCCAGGUGCAGCAAGAAGCCGCUGCACGUCAACUUCAGAGAUCUGGGCUGGGACGACUGGAUCAUCGCCCCGCUGGAUUACGAAGCGUACCACUGCGAGGGGGUGUGUGACUUCCCCCUGCGCUCCCACCUGGAGCCCACCAACCACGCCAUCAUCCAGACUCUGAUGAAUUCCAUGAACCCCAGCAACAUGCCGCCCAGCUGCUGCGCCCCGUCCAAACUCAGCCCCAUCAGCAUCCUGUACAUCGACUCAGGAAACAAUGUGGUGUACAAACAGUACGAGGACAUGGUGGUGGAGUCCUGCGGCUGCAGGUAGUGGAGCUGCCACGCCAUCGUUCAGCAAGACUCGAGCAGUAUUACCGGCCGCGUGGUGGCAAAGCUGCGCACGAAAUAAGGAAAACUUGCUUGAUGUGUUCGGCAAGAUGAAGACUAAACACAUUUAACAAUGCAUUUCCUCACCAUGCACCCGACAAGGUCAUGUUUAUUACCUCAGACUUUUGUUUUGCGUGUUUUUUUCCUGUGUGUUCCUGUCUUCACAAAACCUCUCCGACCACUUCAACGCCACGACGUCGGCAAUGACAAGAAGAUUUUGGCAAAAUGUUCGCUUGUGUCUUUCAGAGAGUUAGAUGACAAGAUAAAAAACAGUCUAUUUGUAGUCUGUGAUGGAUAUGAAGCUACACGAGUCAAAGGCAACACACACACCACUUUUUUUAUGGAUCCACAAAUCAAAUCCCCUCCCCAAAAGUCAACUCAAAUGAAAAGAAGAGGUCAAAAAGACCUUUUCUCAAGACAGACACUAGUCUACAAAAGGUCUUUGAGACCAAAACAUUGACCUUUUUUAAUAAAUCAGAGCAGACGUGAAAAGAACCUGUGCCAGACUCACUCUUUUUCAUUGAAAUAUGAAGCUACAGCCAGCAGCCGUUAGCUUAGCCUCGCACAAAGACUGGAAACAGGUUGAAACAGCGAGCCAUGACUUUGUUUCAAAGGUAGCAGACCUGUUGUUUUGUUACUUUGGUUUCCAAACACAACACAAGGUGAUGGUACAAACUCAUUCUGUUAUCUUGAGACACAGCCAGGCUGGUUUUUUCUCCAUGUUUCCAGUCUUAAUGCUAUGCUAACCCUGCUGGAAAAACUAGCA